AAUUUACAUUAUUGCAAUGCGUUGUUAGUUUCUUAUUAUUCAAAAUUUAUAAGGCGAAUUUAAAAAUUUGUUAUUAUUUCUUUAAAUGCAAUCAGAUAAAGAUAAAAACAGAACACAUCAGUGUACUGUAUGUAAAAAAACAUUUCGUUCAAAAGCACUGUUAGAUGAUCACAUGAGAAGUCACACCGGUGAGAAACCAUUUAAAUGCAGUAUUUGCGGAAAACAAUUCGCCCAUCGUAGAAAUUUAAUAGUACACAAAAUAAUACAUUCUGAAGAAACACCAUUCAAAUGCAAGUACUGUGACUUCGCUACGAAAUGGAAACAAAGUUUAAUGAAACAUUUCAUGAGAGAUCAUCCACACUCAAACCCGUCUGAAGUUAUGACUAUUCCACCAAAAAAAUCGAAAAAAGUUUAUAAAUGUGAUUCCUGCGGAAACAGUUAUUCGUAUUUAUCUCUUUUAAUAAGGCAUCAGAAAUCACAUUCCAAUGAACGACCGUUUUCAUGUAAUAUUUGCAACAAAACAUUCAAAUAUAAUUGUGAUUUAAUUGUACAUAGAAAAAAAGUACAUCCUCAACAAGAAACUGAAUCUUUUUACAAAAGCACAGUACAUGGGAAUAAAGUGCAAGCAGACUAUCUUCAAACACCAUCAACAAGUGCUCAAGCAAGACAGUCAAAUGAUCCUGAAGAAGAAGCUUCAGAAGAAAUUAUUUUUACACCAAGAGAAGCUGAAGAAUUUCUUGAACAUUUUGACAUCGAUUUAGAAAUUAAAAAGUUUGAAACAUCUUCUCAACUUGAAUUGUUUUCAGAAGUGGAAACUGAAGAAAUUAAAUACAUAUGUCAAUUUUGUGGACAACAAUUUUCUGACGAAAUUUUUUUAAAUGAACACAAAAGACAAUUUCAUCAAUCUAAUUAAUUUCGGACAUUUAACUUUGGGCCUAUAUCACUUUAUGAAGAUACAGAAGAUUAUAAACGCUUUUAUUAUUAAUAAAUAAUGAAAAUAAAAUUUGAAGCAAAACAAUUUCUGUUACACUAAAUUUUAAAUGUAAAAUCGCCGUAAAAAUUUAAUUUAUUUUCUUUUAAUAAUUAUUCGAUAAAUAUUUGUGAGUAUAAUAUUUUUCUUGUGUCAUCAAAAUCACAAUGAACCAAAUAGCUUCAUAACCUUUUAUAUACUUCUUU